GCAGCGCGCCGCUUCUCACGCCAGCGAAGAUAAGUGUCUCGAUUUAACCACGGAUAUCCUCUUACUCAGCGAAAAGGAAGAGAGCGAGCGAUGAUAGGAUACGGUUUACGACUUUUCAUUUCGCUUUCGUUUGCCCUUACUCUGUGGACUUGGUUUGUUUAGCAGACGGCAGAUGACAGGUUGAGCGGACGACAGACAGCUACCUCAGUACCACUGAUCUCCGUUUGGCAGUGUCGUCUGCUUUUGUGACGCGUUGUCGUAGCUGUGAAGACACGAUAUGUAGCUGUCGUUGCUCAUUGUACGUGUAACUCUCGUGGUGAUUGUGUUCCCUCACAGCAUAGGAUAAUGGUGCUCUGGCAGAAAUUCUCUCUCGCGUUGGGUGAGCGUGGCUCAGGCUUCAAGAAUCGCACCGGUCGAGUCCAAGACUUCGACCUCCUGCGCAAGGAAUGCUUGGCCAAUGGCACCCUGUUUGAGGAUCCCGAGUUUGCCUGCACAGCCGCCUCCGUAUGGGGAAGCAAGGACGCUAAAUUCCCCGUACGAUGGCUAAGGCCCACGGAAAUAUGUUCGUAUCCAAAGCUGUUCGUGGAAGGUGCGUCUAGGUUCGAUGUCGUCCAAGGAAGUGUUGGUAACUGUUGGAUGGUGGCCUCAGUGGCCAAUUUGACACUGAGCAACGAAUUAUUCACCCGAGUGGUUCCAGAGGACCAAUCAUUUGACGUAGAUUAUGCGGGCGUCUUCCACUUCCGCAUAUGGAAAGCCAACCGUUGGAUCGACGUAGUUGUGGAUGACCGACUACCCACCUUAGAUGGACAACUCAUCUUCAUGAAAUCGAGAACGGGAGACGAAUUCUGGAGCGCCCUUCUAGAAAAGGCAUACGCAAAGAUGCACGGGAGCUACGAAGCACUGAGUGGGGGCUCAGCCUGCGAGGCUAUGGAGGACCUGACUGGAGGCCUGACUGAACAGAUUGACCUCAAGAGGCCUCCAAAGAAUCUUUUCCUGCUCAUGCUUAAAGCAUAUGAACGCUGUUCACUCAUGAGUUGCUCCAUUCCAGUAGGAAAUGUGGUGGAAGAGAGGCUGUCAAGUGGCUUGGUCGCCGGUCACGCAUACAGUAUCACGGCUGUUCGCCUGGUCUACAUUGAGAGACUGAGUGGUAAAAUGCCAAUGGUACGGCUACGAAAUCCCUGGGGCGAUGACACAGAAUGGAAAGGAGCUUGGAGCGACAAAUCGAGAGAGUGGUCCCUGGUAUCGGAAUCAGAGCGAGAAGCUAUUGGGCUGACCUUCGAUGCUGACGGGGAGUUCUGGAUGUCGGAGAGAGAUUUCCUCAGGGAGUUUAACUUCUUGGAAAUUUGCAACCUUGGACCAGACUCCCUCGAUAAGGAGGUCCUCACUGACAGUUCCAGAAAAAAGUGGGAAGUUUCUGUGUUCGAAGGAGCUUGGGUUCGAGGUGCCACAGCUGGAGGGUGCAGGAACUAUUUAGACACCUUCUGGGUCAACCCGCAGUAUUUCAUCACAUUAGAAGAUCCAGAUGAUGAGGACGAUGAACAAAACUGCACUAUAAUUGUUGCUCUGAUGCAGAAAAACCGUAGAGCACAAAGAACAUUGGGAGCUGGACUGUUCCUUACGAUCGGUUUCUCCAUUUACAAGAUUGACGAUCCUGACAACUGCCCCACUCCGCUAAACUUGAGUUUCUUCAAGUACAAUCCUUCUGUUGCUCGCUCGCACACAUUCAUCAACUCUCGUGAGGUGACCACAAGAUUCAACCUUCCACCAGGAACCUAUUGUAUUGUGCCAUCAACCUUUGAGCCCAACCAGACAGGGGAGUUUCUGCUGCGUAUCUUCACAGAGAAGAGGAAUAAUGCAGCUGAACACGAUGAGAAGGCAGCUAUUGUACCGCCUGAUGAUAGUUUCAAUCGUCUUGCACCCCGUCUGCCACAGAGUGCUGACCUGCAAGCAACUUCUUUGCCUCCCGUGCAGGCGGGCGUUCGUGUCACGGAAGAAGACCCAGAUUCCGAGAGGGCCCAGCAGUUGCGUGCCUUGUUUGCAAAGAUCGCUGGUGAGGACAUGGAAGUCAACUCGUACGAGCUGCAGAAAAUUCUCAACAUGGUCUUUAAAAGAGGGCGCGCAGUAGCGAAGGCCUCCACUGCCGAUUUUCAAUGCCCGAAACUUCUAAGUAGUUGCUUUAGCUGCACAUCUGGGAAUCGUGAUGAAGAGGACAAUGAGAUCAAGUCAGAUCAGUUUUCCCUGGAUAUCUGUCGAAGCAUGGUUGCUCUCAUGGAUGACGAUCAUUCGGGAAAGCUGGGCUUGGAAGAGUUCCGAGCUCUCUGGAUCUUGAUCAGGACAUGGAAGAAUGUGUUCACCCAGUUCGACAAGGACAGUUCCGGUUAUCUGAGCACGUUUGAGUUGCGGGCAGCGUUGCAAUCUGCAGGCUAUGUCGUGAACACCCACAUACUGAAGGCUCUCGUCCUGCGUUACGGAAAUGACGACGGCAACAUCGCGUUUGAGGACUUUAUUGGCUGCGCAGUCAAGCUGAGGACCAUGAUUGAAAUCUUCAAGGAGAAGGAUCCCAGACAGAUGGGGAGCGCCAUUUUCACGCUAGACGAGUGGCUGGAGCAUACGAUGUACUGCUAAGACGAAGGCCGUUCUUCAAACGCCGUUCAGUGUACUGUAAGAUUAGUCCGGCUGCUUCUGGUUUUGGGAACUUCAUCCUUGGAAGAAGGACUCAUGUGCGCAGAUGCGAUCACGUGAAGUCUUCUGCAGCCAUGCUGGGCCGAUGAUGAAGAGGCAAGAGCCCCCAUUUUUGAAAGGACCUCAGUUGCUUCCUACUACCUUCUUUUUUUCUUGCCAUAAUCAGCUGUUGAUACGACACCAAUCAAAAUACAUGUAUUCAAGAGAUGAUGGGGGAGGGUCAUUUAAUAAUGGACAAAAUAGUUUGAUGUAAAAAUUUUCAACCAUAUUUUCUUACAUUUAUUUUGUUGUCUGCACUUGUGCUCCAAGAGGGAGAGAGUCAAAGCCUUUACAUAAUGUUGUGUAAUAAAUUACACGAUUUAAUGGUCUGUUACAGUGCACAGGAAUGUGUAAUGGGCUAAGGUCUGCACAUCACCGAUUGCGCAUGCUGUAGAUACAAACAACAUAUCGCGGAAUUCGUACAUUGGAGUGACCAUCACGCUACAUACUAGUUGAGCUUCUAGUAAAAAUCAAUGUGCCUCUGCCUACCUGCCAGACUGUUAUGUUUAAAAUCUCAGCUGGAAAUAACAUCUUCACUGCCAACUUCAUUUUGCAACUUGAGCACAUUGUGCAGUAGUACUUAUUUUGUACCUGUAGCUGUCAUUUUUGUACAUGUUUAAGCAUAACUGCUGUUCUAUUUCAUGAAAUGUUUUAGCACAGGGAUAAAGCUGCACGCAAGCUCUACAUGGCAAGUAGUAAUCGCUUUUGUGCAGCAUUGUGGUUGACUGUUCUAGGCGUUCUGUAGCAUUAUUGACAGCUAAUAAUUAUGAGAAAAGUAUUUUCUGUAUAAUGCAGAUUUAUUGUGGUUGACGCGCUCAUAAGCUGCUUUUGUACAACGUAUCUUUCGAGAGAUUCUUUCCAUAAUAUCACGUAUAAUGCCACACAAUCUAAGGAAGCACAAUUUUUUCCUAGUCCUCAAUGCAUAUAUUUAUUGUGUUUCAUGCAGUUUGCACUUGUUUUUCUUGCCAGUGUUAUUUGUUUUAAAGUCUAAGAAUAAUAAAGUUCUGUAUUUACUUUGUGAUGUAACCUUA